UGAGCAUAGACUUAAGAGCACCCUUACCCUACUACGAAGAGAGAAGAAUAGUUGGAGUUCCACUUCCACAACCCUUCCUUCACGCUACCUUGAAAACCACAAAAACACAAAAUUUACUUUCACUUUCACUUCAUUCCCACUGUCUCCAGAAGAAGCCUAUUAUAAUGGGAAUGAAGAAGGGUGUCGGUGUCAGUGUCACUCUCUCCCACCACGACGACGUCGUUCUCAAGUCCCCAAACGACCGUCGUUUAUACCGCCUCCUCAACCUCCCCAACGGCCUCCGCGCCUUGCUCGUUCACGAUCCCGAGAUUUACCCCGAAGGCCCUCCCAAGGGUGCCGAUGAAGUCCAAGAGGAAGAAGAAGAAGAAGAUGGCGAUGAUGAUGAUGAAGAAGAAGGGGAAUAUGAUGAUGAUGAUGAUGAGGAGGAUGAUGAUGAUGAUGGUGAAGCUGAACAUGAAAUGGAUGGGGUCAAGGGGGGUGCUGCUCAGAGCAAAAAGGCUGCUGCAGCUAUGUGUGUAGGAAUGGGCAGCUUCUCUGACCCGUAUGAAGCGCAGGGACUAGCACAUUUUUUAGAACACAUGCUCUUCAUGGGGAGUGGUGAUUUUCCAGAUGAAAAUGAGUAUGAUAGCUAUUUGUCCAAACAUGGUGGGUCAUCAAAUGCAUACACAGAAACUGAAUAUACCUGCUACCAUUUUGAAGUGAAGCGAGAGUAUCUGAAGGGUGCCUUGAGAAGAUUUUCUCAGUUCUUUAUUUCACCUCUUGUAAAGAUGGAGGCAAUGGAACGAGAAGUACUUGCAGUAGAUUCAGAAUUCAACCAGGUUUUACAAAGUGAUGCUUGCCGUCUUCAACAACUUCAGUGUCAUACUUCUGCUCAUAAUCAUCCUUUAAAUAGAUUCUUUUGGGGGAAUAAAAAGAGUUUGGUUGAUGCAAUGGAUAAAGGUAUUAAUUUGCGGGAGCAAAUAUUGAAAUUAUACAAGGACUAUUACCAUGGUGGAUUGAUGAAGCUUGUUGUUAUUGGUGGAGAGUCUCUGGAUGUGCUUGAGAGUUGGGUUGUGGAACUGUUUGGUGCCGUCAUAAAAGGUCCUCAAACAAACCCAGUGUUCACAGUGGAAGGUCCUAUCUGGAAAUCUAGUAAAGUUUAUUGGCUAGAAGCUGUCAAAGAUGUUCAUAUCCUUGACUUAUCAUGGACACUGCCCUGUCUACACCAAGAGUAUUUAAAGAAGCCAGAGGAUUAUUUAGCUCAUCUCCUUGGGCAUGAGGGCAAAGGAAGCUUGCUCUCCUUUCUCAAGAUCAGAGGAUGGGCUACAUCUCUAUCUGCAGGUGUUGGGGAUGAAGGAAUUUAUCGGUCAACUAUAGCUUAUGUCUUCGUCAUGUCCAUUCACCUCACUGACUCUGGUGUAGAAAAGAUCUUUGAUAUCAUUGGCUUUGUCUAUCAAUACCUUAAGUUGUUGCGUCAAGUUUCUCCACAAGAAUGGAUAUUUAAGGAACUUCAAAAUAUUGGAAACAUGGAUUUCAGAUUUGCAGAAGAGCAACCUCAAGAUGAUUAUGCUGCUGAGCUAGCAGAAAAUAUGCACUUUUAUCCACCGGAGCAUGUCAUUUAUGGUGACUAUGUAUACAAGACAUGGGAUGAACAAUUGUUAAAACAAGUUCUUGGUUUCUUCACUCCUGAAAACAUGAGGGUAGAUGUUGUUUCAAAGUUGUUCCUGAAGUCAGAAGACAUCCAAUAUGAACCUUGGUUUGGUUCACGUUAUGUUGAAGAAGAUAUUGCUCAAAAUUUGAUGGAGUUAUGGAGAAAUCCUCCAGAAAUUGAUGCCUCACUGCAUCUUCCUUCCAAGAAUGAGUUUAUUCCAAGUGACUUUUCUAUACGUGCUAGUGAUACUUCUGUUGAUGAUUUUGCAAAUUCAACUUCUCCUAGAUGUAUAGUUGAUGAAGCAUUGAUAAAAUUCUGGUACAAGCCGGAUAGCACUUUCAAAGUUCCUCGUGCCAAUACAUAUUUUCGAAUUAGCCUGAAGGGUGGAUAUGCUGACGUGAGGAGUUGUGUCUUAUCUGAAUUGUUCAUUCACCUUCUUAAAGACGAGUUGAAUGAAAUCACAUAUCAGGCUAGUGUUGCCAAGUUAGAUACUUCUGUCACUUAUGUUGGUGACAUGCUUGAGCUGAAGGUCUAUGGUUUCAAUGAGAAGCUUCCUAUUCUGUUAUCUAAAUUCUUUGCAGUAUCUAAAUCGUUCAUGCCGACUGAAGAUCGUUUUAAGGUAAUAAAAGAAGACAUGAAGAGAACUUUAAAGAACAGCAACAUGAAGCCGCUAAGCCAUUCAGCAUAUUUGAGAUUGCAAAUUUUGUGUGAGAGCUUCUAUGAUGUUGAUGAGAAGCUGCAUUAUCUAAAUGAUUUGUUUAUUGAUGAUCUGAAGGCAUUUAUCCCUGGGCUUCUCUCCCAGCUAUACAUUGAGGGUCUAUGCCAUGGAAAUCUGACAAAAGAAGAAGCAAUUAGUAUAUCAAAUAUAUUUAAGAUAAAUUUUCCAGUAAAGCCACUCCCUAUUGAGUUGAGGCAUGCUGAGCGUGUUAUUUGCCUCCCAUCUGGUGCCAAUUUAGUUAGAGAUGUCAGUGUGAAGAAUAAGUCGGAAAAAAACUCCGUGGUUGAGCUUUAUUUUCAAAUUGACCAAGAUUUGGGUAUCAGGUCAAUCAAAUUGAAAGCCUUGAUUGAUUUUUUCGAAGAAAUUGUGGAGGAGCCAUUUUUUAAUCAGCUGAGGACAAAAGAGCAGCUUGGUUAUGUUGUUGAAUGCAGCCCACGAGUAACGUACCGUGUCUUUGGGUUUUGUUUCUGCAUUCAGUCAUCUGAGUACAACCCAGUUUACUUGCAAGGUAGAAUCGAGAACUUCUUAAAUGGCCUGGAAGAGUUGCUGGAUGGACUUGAUGGUGAUUCCUUUGAGAACUACAGAAGUGGGUUAAUGGCAAAGCUGCUAGAGAAAGAUCCUUCACUCACAUAUGAAAGCAAUAGAUUGUGGAACCAGAUUGUUGACAAAAGGUACAUCUUCGAUUUUUCAAAGAAGGAAGCAGAAGAAUUGAGUAACAUAAGUAAGCAAGAUGUUGUUGAAUGGUACAAAACUUACUUUAAACCGUCGUCUCCAACAUGCCGGCGACUUCUUAUUCGGCUAUGGGGUUGCAGCACAGACAUGAAAGAUGCCGAGGCACUAACCAAAUCUGUGCAGGUCAUUACAGAUGCAGCAGCUUUUAAGAAGCAAUCCAAUUUUUAUCCAUGUUUUUAUUAACUUUGAAGAUGAUGUUGUGUUCAACUGUUGAGGUUAAGGCUAAUAGAACCAGAGUGAGUCUUCAUUUCUCAUUUAAUGGUUGCGGAGUUCAGGGGUACCAUUCAUAUACUUAAAAGAUGAAACUAAAGUUUAAGGAGGGGGAAACACAGAAUGUGUUUACCUGGAAUCACAGAUUUUGUUGAUGUAAUUACAUUUAUUUGGGAAAUAUUCAUUUUAUCAACAAGUUAUUAUAGCCCAUUGACCAAGAGUUAUACAUUAAUUCUUUGUAUAUUUGUUCACUUGCUCUCCUUGGAUUU